UGCUGUAGAGACUCAAGCCGUAAUACACUUCAGUGAGAGUUUUAUCGUGUUUUCAGGAGCAACGGCGAGCGAUACCCCGGCUCCCCUCUUCUGUGUGGAGACAAUAACAACCGAAGGGAUUUGGGAAUAGUCUGGAAGUCAAGAACGAGAAGAAUUGGACGUGUUUUCACCUUCGAAACUUCAGUUUCUUUGACGGCUUGUCCGCUAACCGUGCCAGACAGAAUGGGCAGAAUCUUUUUGGAUCACAUCGGAGGGACUCGUCUCUUCUCUUGUGCCAACUGUGACACCAUCCUGACCAACCGAGCAGAACUCAUCUCCACUCGCUUCACUGGAGCCACUGGCCGAGCCUUCCUCUUCAACAAGGUGGUGAAUCUGCAGCACAGCGAGGUGCAGGACAGAGUCAUGCUGACAGGAAGACACAUGGUGAGGGACGUCAGCUGCAAGAACUGCAACAGCAAGCUGGGCUGGAUGUACGAGUUCGCCACUGAGGAAAGUCAGCGCUACAAGGAGGGUCGAGUCAUCCUGGAGAGGGCCCUGGUGAGGGAGAGCGAGGGCUUCGAGCAUGUUCCGUCAGACACCUCCUGAGUUCACUUUCAAAGUGCUCAGUCUGUGCACACUAAAACCUCUCCUCCAGCACCACUGCAUGCACUUGCAUGGACAAAAUCCUAUUUAGGAGCAAAAU